UCAUAUUUUUCUGGAGAAGGAGAAGAGUGAGCAAGUGAAGAAUUGAUGAUGAAGUCCCUCUACAUUUGUCUUUCUGCAGUCCUCCUGUCAGUCUCAGUGCAGGGUCACACGGAUUCUGCUAAUGGUUGGUCAAUGACAAUCGCAGAUGAAGUGAGGGCUGAGGAAGGAGGCUCCGCUGUCUUACCCUGCAGCUUCACCCACCCUGACACUCACCUCACACUCACCGGCUCUAUCUUAUGGUGCAAGGAGGAAUCACGGUCUUUUAUCUUUAAGUGUACAUAUUCUGGUCCAGACCAUUCCCAGGGUGAGCUGUGUGAGAAUGUGAGACAGCGGGACGGUGGGAAUCGAUUCAGAUUCGUGGGGAGUCUCACCAACAAAGAUGCCUCAGUAAUGAUGGAGGGACUGAGCCGGGAGGAUGUUGGUUUCUAUCGGUGUCGUGUGGAGCUCAAUAUCGGCAACUUUCAAACAUGGUAUGGAACACGCCUGGAAGUGGAAGCUGCUCAAGGAAAUGUCUCAGUGGUGAGUGGGACAGAGGGAGAUUCAGUUACUUUACCCUGUAUCUUCAGUCGCUGGUACUACCCUCCCUGUCCACUGUUACCUGGAUGA